AUGGAGGAAGAUGUGAAUAUUGGUGACGUAGAGGAGGUUAUUGUGGAUGAACAACAUGCGUAUGUGGAUGAAGAAGUUGGUUAUGUUGGUGAAGCACGUGGUUAUGUGGAUGAAGAAGAUGCUUAUGUUGGUGUGGUGGAGUGGAAUGUGGAAGUAGAAGAUGUCCAAAUGGAUUACCAAGAGGAAGAGGGGAAUGUUGGUGGCGACUAUGUAGAGACGGGUGAGGAUGAGGCUUAUGUUGAAGAGGAAGAGGAAAAUGAAGAGGUAGAGGAAGAGGGCAAUGUGGUUGACGGUGAGGUGGUGGAAAAUGUGGAUGAUAGUGAAGAGGAAAGAAUGGAAAAUGAUGAUGAUGAGUUUGGGAUGGAGGAUGAGAUAGUGGAGGUAGAAAGAAGAAACAUUAGUCUUGUUUUGGAAAGGUGGAGUAGAAUGAAAAAGAGGAAGAAAAGUGUGAGGAAAACUAUCAGGAGAAGAAACAAUGGUGGUGACGGGUCAUUUAUGAUUAAUGAAGAUGUUGGAGAUCAUGAGCAUGAGAUAAAUGAAGAUUACAAUACAGAUGAGUUGUCUUCAAAUGUGGCUAGUGAUGAGGAUGUGAGUGAGGAUAGGAGGAAGUUUCCAAAGUAUAGAGCAGAGGAUAUGACAAAGACCUUUAAAUUUAAAUUGGGGAUGGAGUUUAAGUCAUUGAAAGAUUUUAAAAGUGCACUACAGGAGCAUAGUGUUUUAAAUGGAAAAGAAGUGAAGUUUGUUAAGAAUGAUUUGAAGAGAGUGAGGGUGGUUUGCAAAAAGGGAUGUGGUUUUGUAAUUAUGGCUAGCAAGGUAGGAGGGAGGAAAACUUUUAGAGUGAAAACUCUCGUUGGGCGUCACAAGUGUGGAAGAGUUUUUGGUAACAAAAGUGCAAGUGCACAAUGGAUUGCACAAGUAUUGGUAGAUAUAUUUGUUAAUGUGGGAGGCAUGACAGUGAACCAAAUCAUAGAUGAAACGAAGAAGUCAUUUAGUGUUGGAAUAACUCCCUGGAAAGCUGGAAGAGCAAAGGAAACUACAAUGGACUCUUUAGUGAGUGAUGGAGAGCGACAAUAUGGUCAUCUUUAUGAUUAUGUGGCUGAGUUGUUAAGAGUCAAGGCUGGAACCUUCAAGAUUAAGGUGAAUCGACCCCAACCCACUUUGCCACCAAGGUUUAGGUCAUUCUACAUGUGUUUAGAGGGUUGUAAAGAGGGGUUCUUGGGUAGUUAUCGGCCAUUCAUUGGGGUUGAUGGUUGUCAUUUGAAGACAAGUUAUGGAGGUCAGUUGUUAGUGGCAGUGGCAAGAGACCCUAAUGACCAAUAUUUUCCACUAGCUUUUGCUGUGGUUGAAAAUGAAUGCAAGGAGACAUGGAGGUGGUUUUUGACCCUAUUGCUGGAUGAUAUUGGGGGCAUAGAUUGUCAACGCUGGAUCUUUAUUUCGGAUCAACAAAAGGGAUUAAUGGCAGUAUUUGAUGAGAUUUUGAAUGGGGUGGAGCAUAGGCUUUGUUUAAGGCAUUUGUACAACAACUAUAAGAAGAAAUUCGGUGGAGGUUGCUUAUUAGAGACCUUAUGA